AUGUUGCUUAUUUUAAACUUGGUCUUCAUUGCGGAGUUUUUACUUACCAGCUUCUCAACAGUCCAAAGUAUGUCUGUAACUUUGGAUACGGAAAACUCCGAAGAAGGUGAAUUUUCGCGCUACAAGAUUUCCAAGAAGCUGGUUAAACGUCUUCGAAAAAGAGGAAUUUUGAAACUUUAUCCCGUGCAAUAUAAAACAUUCGACUCCAUAUACAAUGGCAACGAUGCCGUGGUACUUGCAAGAACUGGAACGGGAAAAACAUUGGCCUUCUCCCUUCCUAUUGUCCAGAUUCUGUUGAAAUCGAAGAUUACACGCCAAAGGUUUCGGAAACCAGUUGUUUUGGUGCUAGCUCCCACAAGGGAAUUAGUGGUGCAGAUCACCACGGACUUUCAGUCACUUUGCGAGGACGAUUUAUCUAUCCUUUCUGUUUAUGGAGGAGUGCCCAUCGGCCGUCAAUGUUCAUCACUUCGAAAUGGUGUUGACGUACUGAUUGGAACGCCUGGUCGGAUAAUUGAUCUUACCAACCGAGGCGCUCUUGACCUCAGUUGUGUAAAUCAUGUUGUCUUGGACGAGGUCGACCGGAUGUUGGACAUGGGAUUUAGCAAAGAUGUUUGCUCUAUUAUAUCGCAUUUGUACAUAGAAGAGAACCAGGAUGGAAUCUCUACCACUAAAAAGCCACAAACCCUUCUUUUUUCGGCCACAAUGCCGCCAUGGGUUUCAACUAUCGCCCGUGACUACUUGUCGGAGAACGCCUUUCGCCUAUCUUUAGUUGGUGAACAAGAGAAUAAAACGGCUUUAAACGUGACGCAUCUCGCUCUUCCCUGUAAUUAUUCCGACCGAGCCACCACCUUGUCCGAUGUGAUUCGCUUGUACUGCAACCGAAAAACGUCGCGCUGCAUCGUGUUUUGUGAGCGCAAGAAGGAAGCCGAUGAGCUUGCUGCGCAUGCUGCUCUAGGUGCUGAUUGUCACGUGUUUCAUGGGGACAUUUCACAAGACCAGCGGGAGCAAAUCCUUGAGAAAUUUCGCGAAGGAAAAUACCAUACACUGAUAACGACUAAUUUAGCUGCUCGCGGAUUAGAUGUUCCCGAUAUCGACUUGGUCAUACAGUGCCAGCCACCUGCUGAUGUUGAGGCGUACGUUCAUAGAUCCGGCCGUACCGGACGUGCAGAUCGUUCCGGGACAUCUAUUUUGUUUUACACUGCUCUCGAAAAAGGACUUCUUACAUCGAUAGAACAACGUGCGGGUAUAACGUUUCGCCGAAUUUCCGCUCCCACCCUACAAGAUAUUAUGGAUUCAUGGGGGGCAGAUCUCAUCAACACAUUCGCAAACAUACCAGAGCAGACGUGGUCCGCUUUCAUUCCAACUGCCCAAAAGCUAACUCAGGCUUUGGAUUGCACAUCGAAUGGGACCGACUCAACCGUUACAAAUUUGGAACAACCCAAAUCAAAGAAGCGGAAGCACUCCACUCUGGAAGAGGAUGAAGCACUUCCAGUGAAAUCUACCGGCCCCCUUCGAGCGCUGUGUUGUGCCUUGGCGCAACUCAGCGGUAGACACGGUGUCGUUGAGUCUCGUUCUUUGUUUAACGAUCAGAAGGGCUGGACUACUUUCAAGUUGGAAAUAUCUUCCGUGGCACAUCGUAAAGGCGAGGCUUACGCAGCACUUCGUCAGCAACUACCAGAAUCCAUGCUGAGUAACCUAAAGAAUAUGUCUUUCAUUAAAGGCCAUAAAGGUUUUGUUUUUGAUGUCCCUGCAGAUCUUCGGGACUCCUUUUGCAGCACUUGGCAGAAUACGAUUGACAGCGGCAAUCUCGAACCUCUGACCCAGUUACCAGAAUUGGAACCGGAGGAGUCGCAUUUUGGUGAUCGUCAAUUCGGGCGUCCCCGAGGUGCUUGGCGCGGAAAUUCAUCCGGACGUGGAUUCAAUUACGCGGGUCGAGGUCGAGGAUUUCGGGCUGGACACAAUGGUUUGUCUUUCCGUUCGAACUCAGGGCACCAGUGGGGUAACCGGAACUUUGUUGGGCCGGCACCUGUUAAAAAGACAUUCACUGAUGAUGCAGAGAGCUAACCUCUCCGAUCUUGCUGUAGUGCUCGACUUCUCAAAUACAAGUUACACCUCUUUUAUCUUUA